AUGUCCGACCGUCACUCGCCAUCGCCUCGCCGUAGUCGCUCACCAUCCCCUAAAGCUGGCAACAAUGAAAACACGAAAAGUCCGCGCGCAAUGGACACUGAAGAUCGAAAUGAGUCACGCCGUUGUCGCAGCCGUUCGCCCGCUAAAGGACCCGACACUAAUGCGGACAAUGACAACCCGGGCAAUAAUUUGUACGUAGCGAACUUGGCGAUGCGUUUGGGGCAGCAGGAGCUUGAGGAAGUAUUUUCGAAGUUUGGACGCGUAGAAAAGUGCGAAGUGAUUGUAGAUCCUGUGACAAAAGAAUCCAGGGGUUUUGGCUUUGUAACGUUUGAGGAUGUUCGGGACGCUGAAGAUGCUGUCAAGGAGUUAAACAACCAAGAGAUUCACGGACGGAAAAUUCGAGUGGAACACGCUAAACGGAAACGUGGACACGAGAAGACGCCUGGACAGUACCUUGGACCGAGACUAGCAAGCGCGAAGUACGGAGCUGGCCGUGACCGCUUCAGUAAGGACCGUAGUCGGGACCGAGGACGGCGAAGUCGCAGUCGGGACCGUGGUGGUUAUGCUCGUCGAAAUGAUGACCGAGACCGAGGACGCUUUGAUGACCGCGAUCGUGGACGCGGUCGCUAUGAUGACCGUGAUCGUGGCCGUGGAGGCUUCGACCGUGAAUCGUACGACGACCGACGACGUCGCUAA